AGAACUAUAUCUAUUCAUCUAGUUUAUAAGUUCCAUGAAUGGAAGAUUUUAUUUAUUUUUAUUUGGAAGAACAGCUAAAGACCUGCUCAUCUGAGUCAGUUCAUAUAGAGGAAAAUCAAGAUGAGAGAAAAUAUAAGAUAGGAGGAUAAGAUAAGGAGAAUAUAAGAUAGGGGGAAGGUGGAUACAGACCUUAAGAUAUUCAGGUCCUCCCUGUCCAUAUUCAAGUGACACAAAAUGCCCUUCAAUGGUGAGAAGCAGUAUGUGGGCGAGGACCAGCCCAGCGAUUCAGACUCUUCCAGGUUUUCCGAGAGCAUGGCUUCACUCAGUGACUACGAAUGCUCUAGGCAGAGCUUCACAAGUGAUUCUUCUAGCAAGUCCAGCUCUCCUGCUUCCACUAGCCCUCCCAGGGUUGUGACAUUUGACGAAGUAAUGGCUGCAGCAAGAAAUUUAUCCAACAUGACUCUUGCUCAUGAAAUUGCUGUAAAUGACAAUUUCCAAUUGAAACAAGAUGCUCUCUCAGAAAACAGCUUGGCAGGCCGAGUGAAGCACAUCGUUCAUCAGGCCUUCUGGGAUGUCCUGGAAUCAGAUCUCAACGCCGACCCUCCUGAGUAUGACUAUGCCCUCAAGCUGUUCGAAGAAAUCAGAGAGAUUCUUCUCUCUUUCCUGACUCCUGGAGGGAACCGGCUUCGCAACCAGAUCUGUGACGUUCUGGACAUAGACCUCAUUAGACAGCAGGCUAAGCACAAUGCUGUCGACAUCCAAGGCCUCGCCAACUAUGUCAUCAGCACAAUGGGAAAGCUCUGUGCUCCUGUGCGAGAUGGCGAUAUCAGAGAGUUAAAGGCCACUGGCAACAUUGUCGAGGUGCUGAGACAAAUAUUCCAUGUCCUGGACCUCAUGAAAAUGGACAUGGCCAAUUUUACAAUUAUGAGUCUUAGACCUCACCUUCAACGUCAGUUGGUUGAAUAUGAGAGAACCAAGUUCCAGGAAAUUUUGGAAGAAACUCCAAAUGCUCUUGAGCAAACUACAGAAUGGAUCAAAGAGUCUGUAGAUGAAGCACUUCUUUCUCUUUCGGAGACUGCUACAACUCCUGGGACUGAAAAUAGCUCCACACCAAGCCUGAGCCCUACGUUGGUGCUAAACAACAGUUACUUGAAACUGUUACAGUGGGAUUAUCAGAAAAAAGAAAUACCAGAGACACUCAUGACAGAUGGAACACGACUUCAGGAACUGACAGAAAAGCUGAAUCAAUUGAAAAUGAUCGCCUGUCUGUCUCUAAUUACCAACAACAUGGUGGGUGCGAUUAUAGAAGGCCAGCCUGAGCUUGCAAACAGGUUAAAAAGGAUCUCAGCUGUUCUACUUGAAGGCAUGAACAAAGAGACCUUUAAUUUGAAGGAAGCCCUGAAUUCUAUUGGUGUUCAGACUUGCAUUGAGGUUAACAAGACCCUGAAAGAGAGAGGUUUACCUGUUCUAAACGCAGAGAUUCAAGCUAAUCUUAUAGGUCAAUUUUCAAGCAUUGAAGAUAAAGACAAUUCUAUCUGGUCCUUGAUCGAUAAACGAAUCCAAAUGUACAUGAGAAGCCUGCUUUGUCUUCCAAGCCCUCAAAAGUGCAUGCCUCCCAUCCCAGGAGGCCUUGCUGUCAUCCAGCAGGAGCUGGAGGUGCUGGGCUCCCGGUAUGCAAACAUCGUGAACCUCAACAAACAAGUGUAUGGACCAUUUUAUGCAAAUAUUCUUCGAAAGCUGCUCUUUGGGGAGGAAGCCCUGGGGAAGGCGGAUGCUUCCCCUCCAACUAACUGAAGAGGAACUGAUAUGGAAGAAUACAGGAAACCCAGCCCUUUGGUACCCAGUCCAUUUCUAUGGCAUUAUAGAUGCAGCCCAUUCUUAGUACUGUCUGUGGUGCAGUGUUAGCCCAAAUGUGUAUAAUCUGGUCAUGCUAGAGCAGUACAGAAGACCCACGCAUCCCUUACAGCCUCUUGGUGUUUCAUUUUCAAGUUUCAAACACACAUUUUUAAUGAAUGAACAAAAAGGAAUUUUUAAUUAAUUAUAUUACCUAGAUAGUACUGGUGUUUUCUUAAGCAUUUGUAUUUGUUUGCUCUCGAAGGAGCUGUUCUGCUCAUUUGUCACUCUCAUACCUAAUGACUUCUAAUUUUCUACAACUUCCUGAAGGGUGGAAGGUUGUAAGGACAACUAAGGAAAUUGAUAUUCUGAAUAAAGAAUGUGACAUAAGCAUAAUUGCAUUUGAAAUGUACCAUUACUUUUUACUGAUGAUAUAGCAACUUACAUAGUAAGUCCUCCAAUUCCCACAAACAUACCAAAUCAUAUUUUAUAAUACCAAUUGUCAGUAUUUAUUUAGAAGUUAAAUUGAGUACAAUUAAUGCUGUAUAUAUAUAUUAUAUAUAUAUAUAUAUAUUUUUUAGAUAAACCUUCCCAUGUUUGUUAAUGAAAAUAGAAAUACAUCCUUUUCUUCUAAAAUGUUAUUCUAGAGGUUGGGUCCUUCUUAUAUUCUCUGAGAGGAAACACAAAUUUGCACAAAUAUAUCAGUGAAUGACUUUGCAGCAUAUUCACAGGUUUAUAGAAGAUUUUUGAUAUUUUAUAAAGGCAAGACUGGUUUGAAUCGGCUGCCUUGUAAAAAGAGAAGUUUACAAUAAAAAUGCCAUCCCGUUCUUGAUGAAGUUCACAUCGGAAAAACGAAACACAAACUGUGGGUUUAUGAACCAUAUAAUUUAACCUAGCAAAUACCUUUUGUGCUAAGCAAAUUGUGACCUGCUGUGACCACAGUGCUCUUGUAAGUAGCAGUAAUUAGCCAUUCCUGAGCAUGAAUGGAACCCAGCACAGCUGGAUGGGAGCUAUCAUUGGAUUUCGGGGAGGUUAGCUUCUUUGAAAUCACAUCCUCUUUCUUUGGCAUGUUGAGGAGAGUGCUACAGGCUGGUGGCACUGGGUUUGGAAAGUACUUUAGCUGGAAAUGUACUUUCAAUUGUUUGGUCUUCCAGGGACCCAUUGGAUCCUCAGUAACUUAGUGGGGAAGUUGGGUAGGAAGUAAAAUGAAUACUCCUUUUUUUUCUCAACCCCCUUUUCCUCCCUUCAAUUUCCACCAUUAGAAUGUUCCUGCAGAACCAACUGUGUACAUGAAUUAUCUCUACUCUUGCUACUUGGGAGGAUCUGCCAAAACAUUUUAGGAAAUCCUGAACAGCUUUCCCCGCAAUGUCCAAGAUACAAGGCAGCCAUUCUGUCUAUGCAGUUGUAUGAUGUGUCAGUGAACUUCCCUAAAGCGCUCACCCUGGUCCCGCCCAUUUUGUCCCCCUGCCCAUCUGUUCUGCCAUGCUUCCCUGUGCUUAGAAACCACAAGGUGCUGAAGACUUCCGUCUUCAUUUUUUUUCUCUCUCAAGCUGACAUCAUUCUCAGCUAUGAUCGUGUGGGGGCCUGGCGUUGGGGAAGAAGGGAAUUGUUAUGUGGUAUAUGCAUUUUUUGUUGCUUGCUGGAGCGAAUGGUAUGUUUCUCAGUUGGUGUAUGUUUUUAUUAUCAGAUUGGAAUCAGCUGAUAUUCACUUAUAUACUUGAUUAUUAUACUGCAGUUACCUGCAGAGAAAAACAAUGUGCAAACAUUUAAAAACUACAUUUAAAAUGAAGGGCAUUUUGCUUUUUUUUUUUUUUUUUUAAGUGACAAAGUAAAUCUGUCUCAAGUCUGGAUUUAGGCAACUACAUUUGUUAGGAUUUUUAAAAUCAUAUUCUUUAGUGUGUUUAUUUAGCUUUUAUUCAAAUGUUUACUUUUGAGGUUUUUCUAGUAUGGUCUUGUUUUGUAAUGUAAAUUUUAUUAUCAAAUACCUUAUGCACAUUUUCAUUCUGCUAAAAUAUGUAUUGUGUGCACUAAGUUUUAAAACAUUAAAAGUUACUUCAAGAGCA